UUCCUCUUUAAUCAACACAACCACAAACCCGUAUAACAAUGGCGGGAGUUUGAAUUACAGAAAAAAUCUGGAUUUUUUUUUACGAAAUUCGAGCAAAAAAUGGAAAAUCCAAGUCAUAAUGAUGCUGAUUCUCUUCGCAGGGAGAUUCAAGAGCUUAGAGAUAUUCAAAGAAGUGUUGAAGAACCAGAAGCAUUUGGUUUAGAAUUGAAGAAAUCACUGGAAGAUUGUACACUUCAAUUUGAGAGCAAAGUGGAACAGAUAUUAUGUGAUGCUUCAGAAGUCAACUUCUCGUCUGAUCAGGAUUUAGAUGAAUUUUGGAAUUAUUUGAAGAAUGAGCUAAGCACAGAAGAGGCUAAAAAUGCAAAAAUUGCAGAUGAAAUUGAGGGGCUUUCAAGGGAAUAUGUUGAAGGUUAUAGCAAAUUAGUGAAUGAUAUUGAAGGCCUUAGUUGUCCUUUGGAGCUCAUUGAAUCACUGGGACUUGAACAAGGAAGAGCACUAACAAAUUUUCCUUGUUCUACACCUGGAGAAGAUAAAGGAAACUUGUCAAGUGCACCUGUAGAACAUAACUUUAAGAUCUUUGAAUUAGGUAAUCAGCUUGAAAAGAGCAAAUUGAAUUUGAAGUCCUUGGAAGAACUUGAGAGUACUUUCAACAGGUUUGAGGCUAUAGAAAAAAUUGAAGAUGCAUUUUCUGGUCUUAAGAUAGUAGAAUUUGAAGGGAACCGCAUCAGAUUAUCUUUGAGAACUUUUAUCCCAAACUUAGAAAACUUGCUCCACAACCAAACAAUCGAUGUUGCUGAACCACCAGAGCAAAAUCAUGAGUUGUUAAUCGAACUGAUGGAUGGAACCAUGGAGCUAAAACAUGUUGAGAUUUUCCCAAAUGAUGUAUCUAUAAGCGAUAUAACUGAUACUGCAAAAUCCUUAAGACAGGUCUAUUUCCCUGUGGGAGUUCUUGAAAAUAGAUCUUCUUUGGAGUGGUUCGUUAAAAGGGUGCAAGAUCGAAUUGUUCUUAGCACGUUAAGGCGCUUUCUAGUGAAGAGUGCAAAUAGUUCAAGGCAUUCAUUUGAUUACGUGGAUAGAGACGAGACAAUAGUAGCUCAUAUGGUUGGUGGAAUCGAUGCUUUCAUAAAGCUACCUCAAGGUUGGCCUUUAACCAGUUCUGGUUUAACCCUGGUAUCUCUCAAGAGUUCAAGUCAGUACUCACAACAGAUAUCUUUGACCCUCCUUUGCAAGGUUGCGGAAGUGGCAAACUCGUUGGAUACAAAUGCACGACAGACUAUCUCAGGCUUUACAGAUAGAGUUGAAGAAAUACUUAUGCAACAAAUGACUGCAGUAACAACUUCAACCUGAAAAUAUUCCGAAAGAUAACUGCUUCCCUGCUGUAUGAUGCUCUGUACUUAUUCUGG